UCCGUCAGGAAGGCGUUCCCGUUCCUGUGUGCUCAGUAACGACCCCGCGGCUGAAGCGGUGAAAGUCGCUGCUUUAAAAACACCGAUUUAUCAAACGUGUGUGAGUGAGACGCUCGUCUCUGCCCAGUGUGAGCUCUCCCUGAUGGGCGGCUGGUCUCGCAGUGCCGUGCUGGAGCUGUACAGAGCGCUGCUCCGUGCAGGGCGCCAACUACAGUACACUGACCGCAACUACUAUCAGCGUGCUGUGACCCAGGAGUUCAGACGCUGCCAGGCCCUCAGCGCUCCGGGAGAGAAGGAGGACGCCCUGAAGAGAGGCCAGUUCUUUCUCAGCAGUCGCUUGGGGGGGCUGGUGUAGCAGUGUGGAGAGGAACACAAAACCCAGCCAGCACCACUAUACACCAGGGCCAAAACAGCAGAAGGACAAGUUUUUUUUAACGCUUGCGGUGUGAAUAAAGGAUGGCUGGAGUAAACGGGGAUCGGAAAGGGAAGAAAGACGACAAUGGCAUCGGCUCGGCCAUCGAUUUUGUGCUGUCCAACGCUAAGCUAGUGCUGGGGGUUGGAGGAGCAGCCAUGCUGGGCAUUGCCACACUAGCAGUUAAGAGAAUGUACGAUCGAGCCCUCAGUGCUCCCUCCAGCCCCACUAAAGCCACACAGUCGGGUAAGAGGAGCUGGGAGGAGCCAAGCUGGCUAGGAUCGUCGCCACGGACACUAAACCGCGACAUGAAACAGAAUGUCAGCCGCUCUCUCCAAACGCUCCCCACCUCUUCCAACUCGUUUAAGCCAGGUUUGAGCACAAAGGAAUGGCUGUUCUACAUUUACAAUUAUCUGCGGCGGGCUGUGGGUCGUGAAGGCAGCACCAGUAAAGCUGACCUACAGAGGGCGCGGUUGCGCCUGUCAUUGCAGGAGCACCUCUGGGCUUUUUUCCAUGAACGUGUGGCCAUUCCUGCUGAGGAGCAGGCAAUGGCCAAACGGGCCGCCCUGGACAUUUGUGCUGAGCUCCGUGUCUUCCUCCAUGCCAAGCUUCCUGACAUGCCCCUCCGGGAGAUGUACCUCAGCGGCAGCCUGUAUGAUGACCUACAGGUGGUAACAGCAGAUCACGCUCAGCUCAUGGUUCCCAUGAUCCUAGAAAAGAACCUGUGGUCAUCCAUCCCUGGCGAAGACACCAUCAUGAAUAUUCCUGGUUUCUGGCUCGUCCGUCGAGAAAACCUGGAGUACUUCCCCCGGGGCAGCAGCUACUGGGAUCGUUGCAUGGUGGGUGGGUACCUUUCCCCCAAAAGUGUUCUGGAGGUUUUUGAGAAACUUGUUGCUGGUUCCAUUAAUUGGCCAGCGAUUGGUAGCGUUCUGGAUUACAUCAUUCGACCCGUGGUUCCCUCAGAAACGUUAACACUGGAGGUGCAAUAUGAGACAGAACGGCGGUUGUAUGUGGACUUCCUUCCGUUGCUCGUCAUGGAGGACGGUGUUUCGUUGAUUGCCAAACCACACCGGCUGGCUGCCGAGCGGCAUGAAAACCUGUGGCGGCAGAGUUUCCGUGUGGCAGAAACAGCAAAGCUUCGCGCUCUUGAUCAGGAGGAUGGUGGGUGUCGCUCUGCAUGUCUGAAAGUCGCUAAAGCCGUUUGUAAGCUAAAUCCGGCACUAACACGGCUGAACGCCAGUCAACUCACCAACACAAUCCUCCUCCUCAGUGAGCGAGAGGGUGACUGGACUCAGGAAGCACUAGCGGACCGUUUUACACAGCUGCUGCGUACACUAGUGGGACACCUAGAGGCUGGAAUGCUACCCUCUGCCCUCAACCAAAAAGUGAACCUGUUCUGUGAGCUAACCCCACAUGAAAUAGAUGAACUCGGAUACACGCUCUACUGUGCGCUUUCAGACCCGGAAAGCUUGCUGAGGACUGUAUAACAUGCACCCACACGUUACUUUAGCCCCUCUCUGCUAAAGUAAGAUGCUGCUUGCCUCAUCAGUGUUGAACAGCUUUGCACAUUCAUUGUAUCUUGUUUUUCUAUAUAAACAUGGCUGUUCAUAAACCAGAGAAAAAAAGACCAGAGGUGUCCAGUUCUGACUUUGGAAGGCCAGUAUUUAGCACAUUUUGGUGAUUGCCCUCUUCAAAUAUGUGUUUAGGCUCAGACCUAUCUGCUUAGUUAAAUCAUAUAUGGAGAAGCAGGGAAAUCAGCAAGCUGUGCCAGAAAUGGAGCCGGACUCCCCUGCCAUAAACCCUUACCUUGUCCGUGGUAGCAUGUCUGUCAGGUCUGCUUAAAGGAAUUGUUUGGGGAAUCACCCCCCCCCCCCCCCCCCC